GUACGUGACGUCGUGACAUCACAGUCUCGCGUGAUGUGAGUUGUAGCUUCGGGAUUUCCUGGAAGACUGGCGCCAAGAAGAUAUUGAUAUUAACAGCGUUGCCGGACGUCUGUCAAACUUGAAAUUUCAACUGAUACGCCUAACAACCAGGAAGUACUGUAAAGUCAGAUGGCAAAUGAAGAGUACAAGGCCCAAACAGAAAGAACCAGAUUACCAGAUAGCCUUUUAGGUCUCUCUGCUAUGGAAAAGAAAUUAGCCGAGUACAAAUGUGACACAAAUGAAGCAAUAAAGCUAAAAUUAGUACGCUUUCCAGAAGACAUCGAAGAUGAGAGCAUGACAUUUAACCCAGAGUACAGCCACCAGAUUUUUGGUGACGAAGAGGUAGCCUUUGGAUACAAAGGUUUGAAGAUCUUGUUGUACUACAGUGCUGGAAACUUAUCUAAUAUGUUUCGGGUGGAGUACAGCUCUAAAGUUGACGAUAAGUUUGAUUUGGUCCAGCCAGAUGAUGUUGAAAAUAAAAUCCGUGAACUCAUUCCUUCGGGUUUUUGUUGUGGUUCCGAUGAUUUUAUAUCUUUGUUGGAAAAAGAGGUGAAUUUUAAACCUAUGGGGACCGUUGUUCACACUUACACUGUUCACAAUGAAGAGGCUGGUGAAGAUAUCACAUAUCAGAUAUAUAAGGCUGACAUGACAUGUCCAGGCUUUCGAGAGUACCAUGAAAGACUCCAAACCUUCUUGAUGUGGUUUAUUGAAACUGCUAGCUAUAUAGAUGUAGAUGACGAGAAAUGGGACUACUUUCUAGUAUUUGAGAAGUAUAAUAAGGAUGGAGCUACACUCUAUGCAACCGUAGGCUACAUGACAGUCUAUAAUUACUACGUGUACCCAGACAAAACCCGGCCACGUGUAAGUCAGAUGUUGGUUUUGCCACCAUUUCAAGGGGAAGGUCACGGCGCCCAGCUCUUGGAAACUGUCCACAGAUAUUAUGUAUCUGCUUCCAAUAUUUUGGACAUCACAGCUGAAGAUCCGUCAGAAAACUUUGUCCGCCUCAGAGACUUUGUUCUUGUGAAGCUUUGUCAAAACCUUCCGUGCUUUUCUCUUGAAAAACUUUUGUGUGGAUUCAGCCAAGAGAUGGUGACAGAGGCUCAAGAAAAACUCAAGAUUAACAAGAAACAUGCAAGGCGAGUGUAUGAAAUCCUUCGGUUACGAGCAACAGACAUGAGUGAUUCUGAGAAAGCGAAAGCGUACAGACUGGAUGUAAAAAAAAGACUUGUGGGGCCAUACAAGAAAAAUCAGAGAGAGAUGGCUAAGAUGAAACAGUGCCUCCGGCCAGAAGAGCUGACCAACCAGAUGAACCAGAUCGAUCUAAACACGCAGCAUGAGCAGUUAGAGGAGAGCUAUCAGCAGCUGGUGGAGGAAUACAGGCGGAUAGUGGAGCGGCUUGCUCAGGCGUAGAGAUCACAAGCAUGGCCGCUGAUCUUUCACACUAUAGCCUUCAGCUUUUCUCUGAUAUUGCCAACAGACUGCAAUCUUAGUACAGUUCUCAGUGUACUGUUACAGUCAUGGUUCUCUUGGACUCUUUGAACUUCCACCGGGCUGGAAUCUUCAGCUGCCUUUUGUUAAUGAUAGACCUGUUUGCGUUUAGAGCCGACGUGCAGUAAAUAUUGGAAUUGCCCGGCUCUCUCAGCACUUAGUUAACUUUCCAGGGCCAUGCAAAUGUUACCCAGGGCAUGAAAAUCUAAGAAUCCAAGGCUUAGGAAUCAGGGAAAUUGAUCAUUAAAGCCCACCAUCACUUUUAACAAUUCCUAGCACUGGAUUUGCCAUCUACAACAGAGGAGGGAAAUAUUUCAGUAUUAUGCAGUGCAGGGUACACUGUUGCCAAAGUCCAUGUAGCUUGUAUCAGCAAAAAUAUGUACUUAUAGUGACACCAAAAUAUUAAAGCCAUCAUUAAAAUAAUGGUUUUUGCAUUCAAAACAUCUGGAGUGCCGCAGCCUUUAUUCUUUCACAAAGCCAUGCUGUUUGUUUUCUUUCUGUAAUAUAGAAUUAUUGCCUUACCUUGUUGACACAUAUCUUCAGUUACCAAUUCUACUUUUCCUUUAAGUACAACCAAGUGGCCACUAAGUUAAUCUCUCAGAUACAAACUCCCUUCCAGUUAUAUUGAUUUGCUGUAUGCCAUUAAUGGGCUGGCUCUAUGGGCAUUUUUACUGGUCCAGAUACUUGCCCAUGUCAUGUGAUUUCAGAGGCAUACAUGAUCCCUGCUAAACAUAGGGGAUUCUUAUAAUAUUUGGAAGGGUGGCAGCAGAAUAUCGAAGACACAUCACUAAUAUCAUGCUGUGCCAAGUUCCUAGUAAAAAGAUACCCCAUACGGGCGACCCAUUAGGAACUGAAACCAGCACUGUGGGUUGUUCGUACAGAUUAGAAUAAAUUUAUCAAACUCUUUAAGAGAGUACAUACUCUUCUGUACUGAGACAUGGUGCAAAGGAAAUAUGCAUCUCUGUUAGUGUGCCUAUCAACAAAAUAGUUAACAUGACCACUCCAAACUCGACAACCCACCUCUAGACCCACACCCAUUCUGCCCCAUCUCUGGUGUCACAAAAAGGGUGGGGCCGAGCAUGUGUGCACCUAUAAGUAAGGGCUGUUGAAAGCAGGGGUAAUAAGAGUACAGGCAGGGAGGGCAGAAGAAAGAGCUUGGCCUGAACCCACUCACAACCUACAAAUCUUGUGUGGAUGUUGCAGGUUUUGGGCUGACCCACACAUCACUUCCCACCUUAAAACUAUACAUGGGUUGAUAUAAUUAUUUAAUCUAGGUAUGAUCAGUGUCAAAAUAAUACUCAGUAGUAAGAACUAACAACAGCUCUGCUUUAACAAGCCAGCAAAUAUUGAAAAAUCAGUACCAGAAACCUUAACAUGUUUAUAUGCCGUAACUCAAAACCACUAUAACAAGGGAAGAUAACAUUAUUUCGGAAGAGUAUCUUCUCUGUUCAUUGGAAGCAAAGAGCUUUUCUUAUUGUUGAACAUAAUUCCUGGGAUGAAGCAGAGGUUGCCACAUUCAGACACUGCUCAUUGUAUGUUUCUAGAAGGAAAAGGAUUUGCACACUCAGUGAUAAUUACCCUGGCAAUUUUCUUUGGUUUCAUCAUGGAUGUACAGUAUUAAAGUAAUUUACCGCCCCUGAAAUGGCCCUGAUUCAUAAUGCAUAUAUUUCUCCUCCUUUGAUGGCUUAUUGUGUUGAGUAGGUUUCAUUAUUUUUUUUCUGGGGUUUUUUUGUGAUCAUACUGGGUUAGAACUGUUGGGUUUUCAUAGUGGCACUUAAAAGUUUGAAAUAAAAAAUAUAGUAAAAUGGAA